AUGAGCCACCCUCAGUACUAUCCAAACACGCUCGAACCACUGCAGAUAAAUAAAGAGACUUUGCAGAAGACACUUCAUGAGCUUCGGGUUGCCGUUAACCAUGGAGCCUAUCUGGUGCAGCAAGGCCGUCCUCCUUCAGCGGAGUGGGGCAAUGCCGGUCUGUACACAGGGGUAGCAGGAAUUGCUCUCGCAUUUCUGCGGCUAGACCGUCAAGCUCUAUCCUUAACAGAUCCAGAUGUAAAUCCUACCGACUUUGGCAAACUUGCCAGAGAGCGAAUCGUAUCGCAUGGACCAAAUUUGCAUUUGGAACCAGGAAGACUGUCGCCUUUGGGUUCAUCUUCCCCAGUAGCAGCCGCUGUGAUGCGUCUCUCAGCAGCGACGGUUGGUGGUGUUAUCCUUGAUGAUGAUAUUAUCUGUCUUCAAGAAGCUGUCAAGCUGGCACUUCAGAACGGGCCCAGGGUGCCCCAUGGAGAUCAGAUAAUGGGAGGUGACGAACUCAUGUACGGUCGACCUGGGCUGUUGUGGUCUAUUCUUAACCUCCAACAUCACAACUUUGAUGGGAACACGAGGAAGCGCCUGCAGCCUAUUUUCGAUACUGUGCCUAGUCUUGUCGAUGUGAUCGUCGACGCCGGAAAGCAGGGGCGGGAGGACUAUAUCAACAUGCAUGGAGAGAAAGACGCAUUGCCUCUGAUGUGGUCAUGGAAGGAAUCCCGAUUUUAUCUCGGAGCUGUUCAUGGCAUCAUUGGUGUCCUUGCUAUUCUUCUCGCUUAUCAGGCCGAGGAGGCCAACGGUGGCACCUCGCGCAACUAUCUCCCUUGGCUAGCAGGUACUAUCACAGGUCUCUGCAAGAUAUGUAUUGCUAAUAAUGGCCACCUUCCCACACGUAUUCCUCCUUCUUCCCGUCGUUUAUGUCCACUUGUUCAGAUAUGCCAUGGUAGCCCUGGAAUGUUGCUUCUCAUGUCCUGUGCAAGAAGAAGCCAUUUGGUUACUGAAUUCUGGGAACCUGAAUGGGACAAAUCCAUCCAGUUAGCGGCUGAAAGCAUUUGGAGAGAAGGUCUGCUAUUUAAAGGCGGCAGUCUGUGCCAUGGUAUUGCCGGGAAUGCACUGCCGCUGCUGCUGAUGCACGACAGCCUCGAAUAUGACACGGAAAAGAUGCAGGUGGCGAAGCGCAACUAUAUGGACCGAACCAAGACGACCGACACGAGAUAUAUCGAGGACAAACUCUCAAGCGACUGUUUCCUGUCCAGAGCACUAACAUUGCUGUUGCAUGCGCGGGAGACACCGCCUUACAACACCACGCCCAUGGCAUCCUCGAAUACUUAUCGCAUGCCUGAUCAUCCGUUCUCCCUUCAUGAAGGGCUAUCAGGCACGAUUUGUGCAUGGGCUGAGGCCUGCGUGGCAAUUCAAGUGAGAUUGCGGAAGAUGGAGAUGGAGUCAGAGGGCAAUGGACCAAUCUUGGAGGCAGCUUUGCAGAGGGACGCAAUUAUCCAGGAACUAAUGAGUCGCCAGUUAGGAUUCCCAACCAUUGCUUACCACAGACCGACAGGUCUGCUUUAA